CUUCUCUAUCCCUCUCUUCUGUCAUGCCCUUGAGAAUUACGUCCGCCCCUGUCUCUGGUAUUAAAAAGCGCAAACAACUUUCUCAGUCACGACCUCAUGCGUCUCCUUUCUCCAGCCAUGCUCGAAGGAAAGCGACCGUUCGAUCACCUGGUGGUGUCAAAUCCGAUGAUGCCGGCGAUGACCUAGACCCACUGCCAGAUUUGGGAGUAUCAAGGCACAUCUGCGAGUCAGCUCCCGUAGAUAAUGUCGUAGCGGCUCUGCAGCAUAUCCGGGGAAACAUGUUCGAGGAAUUGCCAGCACGAGCAGGGCUCAAUAGCACACAGAUCGCUCAAGUACUGAAUUUCCGCCGAUCGUUACCUCCACUUGUCUCCGUGGCGCAUGUGCAUACAUUGAUUGAUGCACCUACAAAAGUUGAACGGGAAAUCAUGGCGUUAGUUUUUAGUGGCCGGAUUCGUCGUCUCAUUGUUCCAGGUCGGGGAAACGAUGCCGCUGGGCUUGGUGACUGCUUAGUCUUAACUGAGGAGUGGGAAAAACUUGUAAGAGACAGCGCAUUGGAUUCGCAAUUAAAAGAGAAGUUUCUUGGUGUACUUAGUCGCAUAAGGAACACAUCAGCCUUGCCUGGAACGGCCUUUUCUCCACCAGAAUAUAUCGCUUUAGUCCGUGCAGGAUUUGUAGUUUCGUCAUCCACUCUAGCUAAGGGCUCCUCGAGUGUACCCUCUCUACCAAAUCUGCCUCCCACAGCCUCCCCUGUGGUCCCAGCUAGCCGAUCUGGUUCUUCCUCCCAACAGAACGAUAUCGAUCCCGCUUCUCAUUCCCGAUUUCAAGCCGGAACCUUGUUUCUGUCUCUUCCAAACACCGGGCCGUACCUCAAGCUUCUUGGAGCAGGUAGAGAUCAUCUUCUCGUUUUACUAAACAAGUCGAAGUACGGUGAAGCCCCUCUUUAUCUGCUUCGUGACCGCUGGGACGGUACUAUCGAGUCGAAUAAAAGCUUCAGCGCAGCCAAAAGGGCUCGUGGCGAGUACUCGGGCCUUCUUCCCGGCAAAACCAAGAAAUGGAAGGAGCUUUAUGGGAUGAGUUUUCGUUGGAUUGUGGAAGAAGCAAUCGGGGCAGGUUUGAUCGAGAUCUUUGACACUGGCAGCGUCGGUCCUGGGGUGCGCUGUUUGUGAUGAGGGAAACUUGCCACUGGAAAUCGACUCUCCCGGAUAUACUCUGCUCAAACAAGACAAGGACAAACUAGCACGGCUCUGGGCCUUACAUUCGAGAACCUAUAAAUGUGUCAACACUAUGGGCCCGGGUUUUCUUUACCAUAACUGUAUCCGAUCGAAAUUCAUUGCCGCAACGUAUUCUACCUUAUUCAACACGGGCGGACCUGGUCCUCGGGAGUUGGUAUUGGGAUUGGGAUUUCGUUAUUAUAACUGCCUCCGGUUGAGGUUACGAGGACGCAAGAUACGGCAUCGUGUACGGAGGAUAACUAGUGCUCGUAUCUAGAUAGUUUCUAUAUAUAUAGACGUCUCUAUAUAACCUAAUAGAAAUUCAAACUUUCUUAGACUCAUGC